GAGCCUUGGGACGAGUCGGGGGAAAUGAAGGUUAGAGGUGAAAUAUGAUCGUCCUGGGAGACGGGACUCCAGAGGUUUGACGAUUAAGCGUCAAGACUGGCUUAGACUUGGAGGAAAAACCAAAAGCCGUCGAGGAGAAGCUACACUCCAGGUAGGGCAAAAACCUCCCAGAGAUGGAGUGGAAACUGGAGCGCACCGCCCGGAGGAGGGUCCGGACCGAAGAAGAGAUGCUGUGGGAGAAUGUCAUGCGGGUGCUCGCCAAAGACGUGAAGCAGAAGAGAAGCCAAGGUUCUCCCAAGGUAUUUGAUGCAGUCAAUCCUACAUAUUCUAACUUUAAGAGCGACUUUGCGAAGAGGCUGUCGGCUGAAGUUCCUGUUGCCAGUAGCCCAAUUACCACAAGAUGGCGGCAAAGCCAAACCAGGGAUCUGGCAGCCCAUUCUUUUGGGGAAGAGCAUUCAACCACUGACCUCCCACAAACUACACUGAAGGCAACGCCUGAGAAAGAGACCUUGAUUCCAGGAUCCUACAAAGAACCACUGAAGACCCCCAACAGGGGAAAUUUUGGAACCAUUAACUCUGCUCUCUGUUUUUGCAAGGAACCUCAUGCACUGGAUGGAAGCUGGAAGGAAAAUGUUGCCUCGAAAGGCCAGAAGUGCUUAAACCAGUUAUUUUCGACCCAGAAGGUGGCUCAGCAUGUGAAUGGGAAAAUGCAGCUCUGUGAGCAAUCCCAGUGCGUUUGGAAAGGCUGCAGUGAUGGAAUCAGAGAUGAACGCUUCCAUAUUCAGAGGUUCAGUGAUGUAAACUAUUCCAUACUCCAACCGGAGGUGAAGAUUCAUCUUAUGGGUCUUCGAAAUGACUAUUAUCUGAAUGUCCUAGACUGGAAUUUUCAAAAUCUUGUUGCUAUAGCCCUUGGAUCUUCUAUAUACAUUUGGAGUGGGGAAGACCACAAUGGGAUUGAGAAUAUAGAGUUAAGUCUCACUUGUAACUAUGUGUCUUCUGUGUCCUGGAUAAAAGAAGGAAACUGCCUGGCAGUUGGCACCAGCGAGGGGGAAGUACAGUUGUGGGAUGUGGUAACUAAAAAGCGGCUGAGAAAUAUGCUUGGUCAUUUGUCAGUGGUUGGGGCUCUGAGCUGGAAUCACUAUAUCCUCAGCAGUGGGUCGAGACUGGGCCGUGUGUAUCACCACGAUGUUCGGGCAGCCCAGCACCACGUUGGAACACUUCACCAUAAGCAAGCUGUGUGUGCCCUGAAGUGGUCACCAGAUGGCAGGCUGCUUUCCAGUGGCUGCAGCGACGGGCAGCUGACCAUAUGGCCCCACGAUCCAGGCACGAAUGCGCAGGGUCACCCACUGAAAGUCAUACCCCAACCUACGGCAGUCAAGGCCAUGGACUGGUGUCCCUGGCAGUCUGAAGUCCUUGCUGUUGGAGGAGGAAUGAAGGAUGGACACUUACACAUCCUGGACAUAAAUACUGGGCAGAGCAUCCAGACCCCAAGUACAAAUUCACAGAUUUGUUCCCUCAUCUGGCUUCCUAAGACAAAGGAGAUUGCAACUGGCCAAGGUUCUCCUAAAAAUGAUAUAACUGUGUGGGCCUGUCCUGCUCUGGACAGGUCUGGUGGAUUUUUUGGCCACAGAGGCAGAGUGCUGCACUUGGCUUUGAGUCCAGACCAGACCCAUGUGUUUUCUGCUGCGGCUGAUGGCACAGCCUGUGUGUGGAAUUGCAGUCAGUCCCUCAGCCCCUCUCAGCCUCAGCUUCCUCAUCUCUAAGCAAGGAUAGUGAUACCAGCCUUGCCUUCUCCAUGGCGUUGUUAUGAGGCUCAAAUGAGAUGGUGUGGUUUCGUGAAGUGAAUGCCUGCUCCCCGACCUCUCCUCCUCAGGUUGCUUCAUUUGCUCUGCUUCCACCCAUUGCACUUCCCAGACAUGGUCUUUGGCUCUGUUCUUCUCUCUC